AUGGAAAUAACAAACAAAGUUAAGUCAUACAACACGCAAUCACAACAAUUGCAUUUACACGUCCAAUCGCCAUCCAAACGACUCAACAAAUGGUAUCACGGCAAAGACCUUGUUCAUUUUCAUCAUAAUGCAACUGAAACGGGAGACUACGAAGUGUGCGCAACCGCAGACGCCGGUCUCCGUGCGGUUCGAGUGUUGCUGACCAUAGCUGGAAUGGAUCAGAAAUUAGCAGGAGAAUAUCUGGAGAAAACGCAAAAAAUCGACGAGCACAUCAAGUCAAUGGCACUCUCGUCACAAUUCAGGCAGUACACAAUAAGGCGCGACACGAAGCUGCAGGACAUAAACAAAUCCUACAUUGACACCUUCUCAACGGUACAGACCCUGGCCAUGAUCGCGUGCGCUUUCGUUCAAGUGUUCACGCUCAAACGAUUCUUUCGUACUGAUCCCACUAAAAUCCGUAUUUAA